AUGGUCAUAUCAAGUUACUGUCCAAUGAUCCUGAAUGGCAUGCAACCUGUGUUAUGUGAGGGUGUGGGAGAGAAGGCAGAGUUCGUGAUGAUCGUUGUCUUUGGCUUGGAGUUCAUCAUUCGAAUCUGGUCUGCAGGUUGCUGUUGUCGUUAUAGAGGAUGGCAAGGAAGGCUGAGGUUCGCUCGAAAGCCUUUCUGUGUUAUAGAUACCAUUGUUCUUAUCGCUUCAAUAGCAGUUGUUUCUGCAAAAACUCAGGGUAAUAUUUUUGCCACGUCAGCGCUCAGAAGUCUCCGGUUCCUACAGAUCCUGCGUAUGGUGCGCAUGGACAGAAGGGGAGGCACUUGGAAGUUGCUGGGCUCGGUGGUUUACGCUCACAGCAAGGAAUUAAUCACAGCUUGGUACAUAGGAUUUCUCGUCCUUAUUUUUUCAUCCUUCCUUGUCUACCUGGUGGAAAAGGAUGCCAAUAAAGAGUUUUCUACAUAUGCAGAUGCUCUCUGGUGGGGCACAAUCACACUGACAACCAUUGGCUAUGGAGACAAAACGCCCCUAACUUGGCUGGGAAGAUUGCUCUCUGCAGGCUUCGCACUCCUUGGCAUUUCUUUCUUUGCCCUUCCUGCUGGCAUUCUUGGCUCAGGUUUUGCAUUAAAAGUACAGGAACAGCACCGCCAGAAACAUUUUGAGAAAAGAAGGAACCCAGCUGCCAACCUCAUUCAGUGCGUUUGGCGUAGCUACGCAGCCGAUGAGAAGUCUGUUUCCAUUGCGACCUGGAAGCCACAUCUGAAGGCCCUGCACACCUGCAGCCCUACCAAUCAGAAGCUGAGUUUUAAGGAGCGAGUGCGCAUGGCUAGCCCAAGAGGCCAAAGCAUUAAGAGCAGGCAAGCAUCGGUAGGUGACAGGAGGUCCCCGAGCACAGACAUCACUGCUGAGGGCAGCCCCACCAAAGUGCAGAAGAGCUGGAGCUUCAAUGACCGAACCCGCUUCAGGCCCUCACUACGCCUCAAGAGUUCGCAGCCAAAGCCGGUGAUAGACGCCGACACAGCCCUCGGCACUGACGACGUGUACGAUGAGAAAGGAUGCCAGUGUGACGUGUCUGUGGAGGACCUCACCCCGCCACUGAAAUCUGUCAUUCGAGCCAUCAGAAUUAUGAAAUUUCACGUGGCAAAACGGAAGUUUAAGGAAACAUUACGCCCAUAUGAUGUAAAAGAUGUCAUUGAACAAUAUUCUGCUGGUCAUCUGGACAUGCUGUGUAGAAUUAAAAGCCUUCAAACACGUGUUGAUCAAAUUCUCGGAAAAGGGCAAAUCACCUCGGAUAAAAAGAGCCGAGAGAAAAUCACAGCAGAACACGAGACAACGGAUGACCUCAGCAUGCUCGGCCGGGUUGUCAAGGUUGAAAAGCAGGUCCAGUCCAUCGAGUCCAAGUUGGACUGUCUGCUGGAUAUCUACCAACAGGUCCUCCGGAAAGGCUCUGCCUCCGCCCUCACGUUGGCGUCGUUCCAGAUCCCGCCUUUUGAAUGUGAACAGACAUCUGACUAUCAGAGUCCUGUGGAUAGCAAAGACCUGUCCAGUUCUGCACAGAACAGCGGCUGCUUAACAAGGUCAGCCAGCGCCAACAUCUCGAGAGGCCUGCAGUUCAUUUUAACGCCAAAUGAGUUCAGUGCUCAGACAUUCUACGCGCUUAGCCCUACUAUGCACAGCCAAGCAACACAGGUGCCAAUGAGUCAGAACGACGGCACCUGCAUGGCGGCCGCCAAUAACAUUGCAAACCAAAUAAGUGCAGCAACCAAGCCAGCAGCCCCAACAACUCUACAGAUCCCACCCCCUCUCCCAGCCAUCAAGCACCUGCCCAGGCCGGAGACUCUGCACCCAAACCCCACUGGCUUACAAGAAAGUAUUUCUGAUGUCACCACCUGCCUUGUUGCCUCCAAGGAAAACGGGCAGUUUGCACAGUCAAAUCUGACCAAGGACCGUUCCCUGAGGAAAAGCUUUGACAUGGGAGGGGAAACUCUGUUGUCUGUCCGCCCCAUGGUGCCCAAGGACUUGGGCAAAUCUUUGUCUGUACAAAACCUGAUCAGGUCAACAGAGGAACUGAACUUGCAGUUUUCGGGCAGUGAGUCGAGCGGCUCGAGAGGCAGCCAAGAUUUUUACCCCAAGUGGAGAGAAUCUAAAUUGUUUAUAACGGAUGAAGAACUGGGUGCCGAGGAGGCGGAAACAGAUACUUUUGAUGGCACCCCACAGCCUUCGGGGGAAGCUGCUUUUACAUCGGACUCUCUAAGGACUGGAAGGUCACGGUCAUCUCAGAACAUUUGUAAGACAGGAGACAAUACAGAUGCCCUCAGUUUGCCUCACGUCAAACUGAACUAAGUUCUUUGUUUUCUUUCUAGGCAUAGCUGUUCUUUUAGCCAUACAUAUCACUGCAUGAACUGUUCUGAAAGCCCUUCUAAAAAGUCGAAAUCGCAAGAAUCAGGAAGAACAUGAACGGCAACUUAUAAG